UCUCCGCCCCCUGUCUCCCGACCCCGGCUCCCGGUCCCUGGUUGAGAGCCCCUCGCUCGUUGAACGUUACUUCAUGACGAUCUCAUCAACCUCUCCAUCGUCCCAAAUUCUCCUAGCCACUCGCCCUCGACAAGAUGACUUCCCGAGCGUUUGACGAAGAGGAGUUAUCCAUGUCUCUAUCACCUUCCUUAAUCCGACCCAAGAACAAUGGCGGCCCUCGAGUACCCGAGAUUAACGUCACACGCCCGACAACCGAUGGCUCCAACGGCAGAGCGAGAGCAGCUAGUCUGCUAUCCGAACAAGCGUCGCAGAAUCGCGAGAAAUCGAAACUCGACCAGCGAAUCGGUGCAUACAAUAUAAUAAGGACUCUGGGUGAAGGUUCUUUUGGAAAAGUCAAGCUAGCUGUACACAGGUCGACCGGUCAGAAGGUCGCUCUCAAGAUUAUAGCCCGCAAAAAGUUGAUUAGUAGAGAUAUGGUUGGUCGCGUCGAGCGAGAGAUCGAAUACCUACAACUUCUCCGACAUCCACACAUCAUCAAACUCUACACUGUCAUUAAGACACCAGCCGAGAUUAUCAUGGUCUUGGAAUAUGCGGGUGGGGAAUUGUUUGACUACAUCGUUAAGCAUGGUAGGCUUCCAGAGGACCAAGCCCGCAAGUUCUUCCAGCAGAUGAUUUGUGCCGUUGAGUAUUGCCAUCGACACAAAGUAGUCCAUCGAGAUCUAAAACCCGAGAACCUGUUACUCGACGAUAAUCUCAACGUGAAGAUUGCUGAUUUCGGUCUAAGCAAUAUCAUGACCGAUGGAAAUUUCCUCAAGACAAGCUGCGGCAGUCCUAAUUAUGCGGCACCAGAAGUUAUAAGUGGGAAAUUGUACGCCGGACCAGAAGUCGAUGUGUGGAGUUGUGGUGUCAUUUUAUACGUUCUGCUUGUCGGCAGACUCCCCUUUGACGACGACCAUAUCCCCAGUCUGUUUUCCAAGAUUCAGCGGGGAGUUUUCACCGUCCCACAUUGGGUCCCAUCUGAUGCAGCGAGUCUCAUCCGAAAAAUGCUGCAGACUAAUCCUGUGCAGCGUAUUAUCAUCGAUGAGAUCAGACAAGACCCUUGGUUCUUGAAGGACCUUCCUGUAUAUCUUGACCCGCCAGUCGAGGAGUUCCUAAAUACCGGCGUUGAUCCCAAUAGGGCCAUUAGGCCAAGCGACAUUGCACCCCACGCUCCCGUAAAAGUUCAGGAGAAACUUCACAAUGAAGUUACCGAGAAGAUUAGCAAAACGAUGGGUUAUGGUAAACGUGAUGUUCAAGAAGCCCUUGAAGCCGAUGAACCAUCCGCCAUUAAGGAUGCAUACAUGAUCGUCCGUGAGAACAAGCUUAUGCAAGUAAAUCCUGCUUACGGUACAGGUGCUGACAAUCCGUACUUUGCUACUUCGCCCCCAACCGCCGACACCGAGGAACAAAUGCGAAGCGUCUCGGAGGCUAUGGGUAGUACAACACUAGACAACAGACGAGAUUCUCAACCGGAUUACCCCAAUGAAUCCCAAGCCAGUCCUCUCGCCGAUUCCGCUCGUUCCACCACCUCGACAAUCACAAGCUCUUCUCCCCGUGGAUAUGUCAGCCACGUCGGAAUCCUUCCGACUAGUCUUCCAUCCCUUCAUAAGAAAUACCUUGAACGCCAGAAUGCGGGCGUGGAGGAACCACUGGAUGCCCAGCCAGUCCCCGAUGUUCCCCUGCAACCUAGAACCCCCGCCGAGCAGCAAGAGGCAGCCCGACGCCUUAAGCCUCAUUCCAAGAGCGCCAUGAGACUUGACGAUAGCCAGACACAUCCACAAACAAUGACCCCAGUCGCGGCCAAACGAACCAAGCCAGUUCGCUGGCAGUUCGGUAUAAGGUCCCGGAAUGCUCCAUUCGAAGCUUUGUUAUGCAUAUACAAGUCUUUAUCUAAACUUGGUGCUACAUGGGUAGUUGAUGAAGAUUACGAGAAGAUGCAUGGGGAUGGCGCAGCAACACCGGACCCGUACGUGAGCAAAACGCUACACGAUGGAGACAUCAACCCAUAUGAGGGCUUGUCGCCCGAUGAAAUCGACCUUGAAACGUUUGACCCUAUCAAGUACUACAGGCUUCCCGCUGAUCCAUGGCACAUAGUAUGCCGCUGGAAGAAAGAUGAUAUCCGAAGGACAUCGGUUUCUUCCGGCCAUUCUACCGCAGAAGCCGCUUCGGACGAUAAUACUCAGAUCAUCUCCGUCAUGGAUAAGCGAAAGCAAGACUUUGUUUGGAUGCGAAUGGAAAUCCAAAUCUACGAGAUGGACCCUAAGGAAAAGGUCUAUCUCGUAGACUUCAAGUGCACAGGAUAUGAACGACUUGAUGGAACUCUACUGGAAGAGAAGGCCGUUAUGAGCCCCUUCCCUUUCCUCGACAUGGCAGCCAAGCUAAUUAUGCAAUUGGCCGAGGCGGAUUAGAGUCAUCAUCCCUAAGGCGAGACUCGCCUCCCUGGAGCUUUUCAACAUCAUCGUGACACAAAUUUGUCUUCAGCCUUCAUGAAGAUCGUUUUGUGUUACUACUUUCCACUUUCGAUAAACUUCUGAAUCACCACAAACCACCUUUAUGGAAUCGAUGAACUACUUGGCCGCGUAGCUCAGUUGAGAGACAUUGCGCUGGAUUUUGGUUUCCUAUCUUCACACGAAUUUGUUCCAUUAAAUACCUGAAUUUUUACUUCUCGUACGGCUACUACCAGAUGCCGAAACACCCCCUUUUUAGACAUACUGGAAACUCACGAACUCCAUACUUUUCGCCGGACAUACGGGAAAACAGCAUCGGCACUGGAGAGGCCGAGACGGGAAUGGCAUUUUACUUUUGAUGC